ACGCACCUUGCCUUCGGACCACUAACAUCGCGUCCAUUGCGCAGCUCUCAUGGACACUACUCAGGCUCGCAGUGGUGCUGCUCCGGUUCUUGUUGACGACCUCAUUCCAAUCAUACUCGAGAGCGACGACCACUGGUGGCCUAGGGAUUUCCAACGCCUUGCCCUCAUCUCACCCGCAUGGGUCUCGCCCGUCCGGAAACGGCUCUACGCAAACCCCUCAUUGCGCUCAUAUCGCGCGUGCCAUCUCCUCGCGCGGACGUUCACGGAGAACCCGGAGCUGCUCUCGUACGUGCGCCGGCUCGACCUUCACCCUACCACCAGCGAUGAGGGUGCGCUGGACGAGCGGGACACGCAGAGCCUGCGAUGUAUUUUGGGACUCAAGGGCCUGCGGUCUGUAACCUUGGGAGGAGACCUGGCUGUCGCCGCCCACCGGUUCCUCAACGUCAUGGUCGACACGCGCGCCGUAAUGGAGCUUCACAUUGACGGGUGCUUGCUCACACAGGGCCGAUCCGGCUCACUCGCACCCGUAGUCCCCUCGCUGGAGUGGGACGACAGCAUUGCGUUCCGAUUUCCCAACCUCCGCCGCCUCACGCUCCGCAACGUCCUGCUGACCGUUAUACCCUCCAUGAUGGACCGGCCGUCCGGCCUCACCCACCUGACACUCGACAGCGUGGAUAUCGACGUCGGAUUCCUGCCUGACAUCUGCCAAGGCUCCUGGGAAACGCUGCGCGAACUCAGGAUCAUCCGGGGGACCGCGGUCGAGAUGGAAGACGACGUGCGCGCGAUGCUCGAGCUGUGCGAGAACCUCGAAUUGCUGCACUGCGAGGGAUCCGACAUGCUUCACGCGCCGUCGGUGUUCGACGAUGAAGAGCCUCUUCCGUCCCUCAACUUGCGAAAACUGUGCCUCUCCAGCUUCGACGCCAAUCCCGAGACGCUGCGGGCCAUUGCGCAGGCGUGUCCGAAGUUGGAGGACCUCGCGAUCCUAGGGCGCAUCCUUCGCGUUUCUCCCGAUGACUGGACGUCGUUCAUUUCCUCUGGAGGACUUCCUUCCCUCCGACGUCUGAUUUCCCCCUCCGGAACCAACCGCCCGCCUUUUAAAUGGUGGUCGUCCGAUGAACGGGAGAAAUUAAGGCGCACUUGUGAAGCCAGGGGGAUAGCGUUGGCCAGUUUGGCUCACAAGAACGAUCCCCUGGCUGACUGGUGAAUUGAAGUCCCGCCCACGUUUGAGCUUUAUGAGAUCCAUGAUCAUUUAACGUCCGAUACCACCCGGAGCCUUAUAACCCUUGCUUUGCGCACACGCCUGUUGUACGAUAUUUCUCCCAGGAUCCCUACCGCUUGUUUCGCGGUGUGUACUAGUAUCAACAUUUCUUGGACCCUUGUCGCAUACUCCCCGAGUGCUCGUAUAUAUACUCUCCUUCGCUGUGCUGCAACUAUAAUCUUGACG